GAAAAAUCCUACUCGUAUCUCCCUUUACCGGCACAACAGUUAGGUAUUAGCGACCGAAGAAAUUCUCCGGUGAUUUAGGUUUUGGCGCGCAGCUUACCCAGUGUCCAUUGUCUAAAGUUUCUUAGAAUAUUACCUUGGAUUACUUCAUAUUGUUUUUAGGGUUCUUUGAUUCAUCAGUUUACCAGUGAUAUUGAUGAGCAUGAGUAGGCAAAGGUCCGUGGGCGGUGGGAGUCAGCUUGUAUUGGAUUACCUGAAGCGAAAGCACACCGAGAAUCCUAAUUUCUAUUAUGCAAUUCAGGGGGAUCAUGAUCCUUUGACUGCCAAUAUUUUCUGGAUUGAUGCUGCCUCCCGCAUUAACUAUACCUACUUUGGUGAUACUGUGGUUUUCGACACCUCGUACUGUAGCGAUGGUUAUAAAGUACCCUUUGCAACAUUUACGGGAUUAAAUCAUCAUGGACAGCCAACACUUUUUGGCUGUGCCUUAAUGCUUGAUGAAUCAGAGGCUGCCUAUGUUUGGCUGUUCCAAACAUGGCUUCAUGCGAUGUCAGGUCAAAGCCCAGUCUCGAUCACAACAGAGCCUGCUAGGUUUGUGCAGAUGGCAGUAUCUCAAGUUUUGCCCAAUACCCGGCUUCGUUAUUGUAAAUGGAACAUGUUUAGAGAGACACAAACCCAUUUGGGUCAUGUGUACCAGUCACAUCAUACUUUUGAGGUAGAGUUCAGGAAGUGUGUUGAUGACAGUGAGACGAUUGGAGAAUUUGAAUCAAGGUGGGGAACACUUUUGGAGGAGUAUUAUUUGAUAAAUGAUAAAUGGAUGCAGUCAGUUUAUGAUGCUCGGCGUAUGUGGGUGCCUGUUUACAUGCGAGACACUUUCUUCGGCGAGCUCUAUGGUGAUGAAAAUGAGGGUAGAAAUAUAUACUUUGAUGGUUUUAUAACUUCUGACACCACAUUACAAGGGCUGAUAAAAGAUUAUGAAAAAGCCGUUGGGAGUUGGCAUGAGAAGGAACUACAGGCAGAAGAUGAUACGAGUAAUACAAUGCCUAUGCUGAAGACCCCAUCACCAAUGGAGAAACAGGCUGCUAAUGUUUACACCAGGAAAAUAUUCAUGAAGUUCCAAGAGGAGCUUGUUGAGACACUUGCUAAUACAGCAACGGAACUAGAGGAAUCAGAAGGAGUCACCAUGCUUCGUGUAGCUAAGUUUGGGGAAGAUCAUAGAGCUCAUAUUGUUACGUACAAUUCUCUAGAAACAAAUGCUAAUUGUAGCUGCCAAAUGUUUGAAUUUUCAGGUGUCAUAUGUAGGCACAUAUUAGCAGUUUUCAGAGCAAAAAAUGUUCUUACUCUUCCUUCAGAAUACUUAUUGAAAAGAUGGACAAGAAAUGCCAAAAGCGGAGGUUCAUUAGACGAACAUUCUGUCAGGGAACUAACCAAUGCCCGAGAGUCUCUGACUAUUAGAUAUGACAACCUACGGCAAGAAGCCAUUAAAUUUGUGGAAGAAGGUGCAAAAUCUAUUCAGGUUUACAAUGUAGCUAUGAGUGCUCUGGAGGAAGCUGCAAAAAAGGUUGCUUCUGUGAAGAACCAAGGUCAUGGAGUUUCACAAGGUCGCUCUCUGGCAAAUGUUGACAGUUCAGUGGCAUCCGUCCAACCUGCAGAAGAGAAGGUUAAGAAAAUCCAAGAGUUGACAGCUGAGUUGGAUAUUACAAACAAGCGGUGUGAGGUUUAUCGUGCAAACUUGCUGGCAGUUCUGAAAGAUAUGGAGGACCAGAAGUUAAAGCUUUCUGUUAAAGUCCAGAAUGCAAGACUUAGUUUGAAAGAGUGA